UCUCUCUCUCUCUCUCUCCCUUCACUUUCUCUCUCUCUCUCUAGCACUGGUUUAUAUUGAGACACAGAGAGAAAGAUCUGACCCAUUGUGCUCUCUAUUCUCUCUCUCUCUCUCUCUCUUUUCAGGGAUUUAACCUAUUUUGGGCAUUGGAUUUUGGUGGCUUUUUGUCAAAAGGGGUCUUCUUCUUUUGUGGCAAUCUCUCUCUCUUGCGGUUCAAAGUUUUGUUCUUUUUUGAAUUAUCAAUCGUGGGGUGCCAUUCAAGGUUUUGGGGGAUUUUUGAGGCUGUCCUGUAGCUGGAGCAAUGACUGUUGAGGUUGUGGGAUUUGAGAUGGUUCCAGGACCAGUGGAAAACAUUGCUGAAGGAGAGAAAUCUGUUUCUCAUGAAACUGAAAAUGGGAAAUUGGAACAGGAGCCGGGAGCUGCAGAGCCCGUAAAAUCUGGUUCAGAUGGAAAUGAAGCUGCUAAGGCCGAAGUUGAUGGUGUUCCAGAUUCCAGUGGCCCGAAAGAUGCAACUGAAGAGUGGCCUGCACCUCAGCAGAUACAUUCUUUUUAUUUUGUCAGGUUCCGGCCUUAUGAUGAUCCCGACAUUAAGUCCAAAGUUGAUAAGCUUGAUAAGGAGAUUUACCUGACAAAUCAAGCACGGUUUCAGAUCACUGAAGCUCUAAAGGCGAAGCGGUCAGAGCGAGCAGAAUUGAUUUCUCAGAUUAAGUCUCUCAGAGAUGACAAUAGGCAAUUUCAGAGUAUUGUGGAUGAAAAAAUAAAAGAGAUUGAACCUCUGCAGCAAGCAUUGGGCAAGCUGCGUAAUGCGAACAGUUCAGGCCAGGGUGGACUAUGCUCAUCUGAGAAGGAACUUAAUGACACUAUAUAUAGCUUGCAAUACCGCAUACAGCAUGAGAGCAUUCCAUUGACUGAGGAAAAACAAAUCCUUCGUGAAAUCAAACAGCUUGAGGGGACAAGGGAUAAGGUUAUUGCUAAUGCUUCCUUGAGGGCCAAAGUGCAAGACUCUGUUGGGCCGAGAGAAGACAUUCAUGACCAGGUUAAGCUCAUAGGUGGAGAUUUGGAUGGUGUGAAAAAAGAGAGGCAAGUCAUCCGGUCCAAAAUCAAGCAGCUCGAUGAUGCGCUGAAAGUCAUAGACAGGGAUCUCCAGUCUUUACAGGAAGAACUGGCAGCUGUAACUCAGAAGAGGGAAAAAGCUUUUGGGAGCAUUCAGCAGCUAAGAAAACAACGUGAUGAGGGAAACACUCAUUUCUUCCAAAGUCGUACAAUUUUGAGCAAAGCACGAGAGGUUGCUGCAAAGAAAGAUAUUGAUGCUCUCGGGGAACUGUCACAGACAGAGGUUGAGAAAUUUAUGUCACUCUGGAACAGCGACAAAUCCUUUAGGAAUGACUAUGAGAAAAGAAUUUUGCCAUCGCUGGAUAUGCGGCAGUUGAGUAGGGAUGGUCGAAUGAGGAAUCCCGAUGAAAGGCCAUUGCUGGAAGAACCAAAACCUGCUGCAGAAACUGAAAAGUUACCGAAAAGCAGUGUGAAACAGCAGCCAAAGGAGGAGCCUAAAGCGCCUCCCCAAGAAACUCUGCCUGCCCCGAAGGUUCAGAAAGAAACCAAAAACAAAGGAAAAAAUUUGAAACCCAGUCUGGCUAUCAAUGAUGUAGAAGAUGCUGAUGAAUAUGAAUAUGAAAACCCGCACAAGGACGCUCCUGUCAAAGAGCCGGAAAUUGAUCCGGCGAAGUUGAAACAGAUGAAAAGAGAAGAGGAACUAGCAAAAGCAAAGCUGGCCUUGGAAAGGAAGAAGAAGCUUGCAGAGAAAGCAGCAGCCAAAGCAGCAGCUAAAGCACAGAAGGAGGCUGAGAAGAAGCUUAAGGAACGUGAGAAGAAAGCAAAGAAAUCGGGUCCCGGCUCUGCAGCUGCUCCGAACCCUGAGGAACCGGCAAAUGAAGCGGUUGAGGUGGCAGAACAGGAGAAAGCUGAUGAUAAAGUCCAACCCUCAGCUCCGGUGAAGGAGAAGGCCGUGAAGGAGCACGUUGUUAGAUCGAGGAGCCGAGCAAAAGCCCCUGAGGCCAUUCCGAAAGCAAUUCUCAAGAGGAGAAGGUCUAACGAUUACUGGAUAUGGGUGGCAUCUGGAGCCUUCUUCGCUGUGUUCAUGUUGAUGCUGGGAUACAUCCUUCUUUUCUGAACAGCUUAGAUGUAGAAGGAGCUGAAAAUCCAUUUUCAGUUUUUUCGGGUGUCUAGAUUUGCUGCCAGUGUCAGUAAGUUUUCUUUUCUUCUGUUCUACACAACCUCUUGGAGGGAAUGUGGAUCAAACACACCAUGUUAUGGUUGAGCUCCUUUCUGUGAAGCUUCAUACAUGUAGUAUGACUAUUUAAUUUUACAUUUUGUUUUACCAGAAACAUAGAUUUUGGUUUUCAUUUUUCUUUUUUUAUAGUUAAUUGGUCAAAGGAAUGGUACUGUGAGAUACUGAAACUUAAUGUUGAUAUCUCUUUAUGUUGGUUAUAGACUUGAUAAUAUAUACAAAAAAAAAACCUUUUGUAGAA